AUGCCCAUCCCCUUCAUCUUCCACAUGGUCGAGCAUGGCCCGCCCGACUGGCUUCGAGACAACCGCUGGCUCGUCUUCUACACCUGCCUGACCGUUACCUUCCUCGUCACCCUCAAGCGCUGGACGUCGGGGCGGUCCAAUGACGCAGAGAGGCCCCUCCACGGCAAGGUGGUGCUCAUCACGGGCGGCACCUCGGGGAUCGGAGCCCAGGCCGCCCAGGAACUCGCGGCCCGCGGCGCCCAGCUCGUCCUGCUCACGCACACCGCCCCGUCGGACCCUUUUCUCGUCGAGUAUAUCCAAGACCUCCGCGACAAGUCUGGCAACAACCUCAUCUAUGCAGAGCAGGUCGACCUCUCCAGCCUGCACAGCAUCCGCCGCUUCGCGACCAAAUGGAUCGACAACGCGCCGCCCCGUAGGCUCGACAUGCUGGUCCUCUGCGCUGCCACCCUGACGCCGCCCGGCGGAUCUAGGAAAGAGACGGACGAGGGCAUAGAAGAGACGUGGAUGGUCAACUUUCUCGCCAACUUCCACCUGCUGGGCAUACUGAGCCCCGCCAUCAAGGCGCAGCCCUUUGACCGCGACGUACGCAUCAUCCUUGCAACCUGCUCCUCCUACAUUGCAUCGCCGUCCCUCAGACAACCCAUUGCCGAAUCCAACUGGUCUCCUGGAGUGGCGUACGCGCGGAGCAAACUUGCCCUCAACGUCUUCGGCCAGGCCUUCCAGAAGCACCUCGACGCCUACAAGCGGCCGGACCAGCUGCCCAUGAAUGCCCGCGUUAUCUUCGUCGACCCGGGCUUCAGUCGCACUCCUGGAUCUCGACGUUGGCUCACCCGCGGCUCCCUCUCCGGCCUGGCCCUCUACCUGGCCGCCUACGCCCUGCCGUGGUUCCUGCUCAAGUCGCCGUACCGCGCCGCGCAGUCCCUUUUGUACGCGGCAAUGGACUCGGAGCUCGGUCGUGGCGCCGAGGUCAAGGAGGACGAGGUGGCCAAGACGCUUUGGGAGGAGAGCGACGUGCUGAUUGAGCGGGUGGAGAAGCAGCAGGCCAAAAAGAGGGCCGCAAACAAGGUCGAGCAAGAAAGGCAGGCCAACGCAGAGGAAGAAAGGAAAAAGAUGGAAGAGGUCGGCGGCCUUGUUGAGACGAUUCGCAAGGGCAAGGAGCGACAAAGGCAGCAGAAACAAAAAGGCGGCGCAAAGCCCAAGAAGAAAGACGGCAAAGCGAGCUCUUGA